GGCUGGCCGGGGUUCCGCGAUGUCGCCGGCGCUGCUGAGCCUAGCCACGCUGUGCUGGGGAGCGGUGUCCACGGAGCCGACCAUUCAGUGUGGCUCUGAACCUGGACCAUCUCCAGAGUGGAUGGUCCAACACACUCUGACCCCCGGAGACUUGAGGGACCUCCGAGUGGAACCUGUUAGAAGCAGAGUUGCAAUGGAGGACUAUUCAAUUUUGAUGAAUGUGAGCUGGGUACUCCGGGCAGAUGCCAGCAUCUGCUUGUUGAAGGCCACCAAAAUCUGCGUGACAGGCAAGAGUAACCUCCAGUCCUACAGCUGCGUGAGGUGCAAUUACACAGAGGCCUUCCAGACUCAGACCAGACCCUCCGGCGGCAGAUGGACGUUUUCCUACGUAGGUUUUCCUGUGGAGCUGAAUACAGUCUACUUCAUUGGGGCCCACAAUAUCCCCAAUGCAAAUAUGAAUGAGGACAGCCCCUCCAUGUCUGUGAAUUUCACCUCACCAGGCUGCCUAGACCACAUAAUGAAAUACAAAAAAAAGUGCAUUGAGGCAGGAAGUCUGUGGAAUCCGAACAUCACUGCCUGUAAGAAGAACAAGACGGCGGUGGAAGUGAAUUUUACAACCAGCCCCCUCGGAAACAAAUACAUGGCUCUCAUCCAGAAUCGCAUCGUAAUCGGGUUUUCUAAUGUGCUGGAGAACAAACCCCCAACACGUACUUCUGUGGUGAUUCCAGUGACUGGGGAGAUCGAAGGUGCUGUGGUCCAGCUGACUCCGUAUUUCCGUACUUGUGGCAAUGACUGCAUCCGACGCAAAGGAACAGUUGUGCUUUGCCCACAGACCAGCGUGUCCUUCCCCCUGGAUGGUCGCAGAAGCAUGUUGGGUGUCUGGCUGCCUCUCCUCCUCCCAGCCCUGCUGGGGGCCACAGCGGUGCUGGCGGCUGGGAUCUACCUGCUGUGGAGGCACAGAAGGACCAAGAAGGCCUCCUUCCCUACUGCCACCCUACUGCCCCCAAUUAAGGUUCUUGUGGUUUUCCCAUCUGAAAUAUGCUUCCAUCACACAGUCUGUUACUUCACGGAGUUUCUUCAAAACCACUGCAGAAGCGAGGUUAUUCUUGAAGAGUGGCAGAAAAAGAAAAUAGCGGAGAUGGGUCCAGUGCAGUGGCUUACCACUCAGAAGAAAGCAGUGGAUAAAGUCAUUUUCCUGCUUUCCAAUGAGGUCAACACCAUGUGUGAUGGUACCUGUGACAAGAGUGACGGCAGCCCCCACGAGAACUCCCAAGACCUGUUCCCCCUUGCCUUUAACCUCUUCUGCAGUGAUCUGAGAAGCCAGACUCCCCUUUGCAAAUACAUGGUGGUCUAUUUUAGAGAGACAGAUACCAAAGACGAGUACAGCGCACUCAGUGUCUGCCCUAAGUACCACCUCAUGAAGGAUGCUCCUGCUUUCUGUACAGAACUUCUCCGUGUUGAGCAGCAUGUGUCAGCAGGAAAGAGGCUGACAGCCUGUUCCCUGUAGGCCACCUGGGAGAAGUGAGGGGCCCUGAAGCCUUCCUACUCCUCCACAUUACAGGGGGAAAGUGUCUCAGGAUUCUGAAGUUUCCUGUAUGGACUACGUGCAGGGAGGAUUUUACAUUAUACCUGCUUUAUUUAGCAGUAGGAAUAGGGAGGAUUCAUAACUGAAUACUUAUGCCUUAGUUUAAUCAAAACUUGUAUGCCAAUAAAACUGUUACAAAUACUAACCACUGUAGCAAUAACGAAAGGACAGAAACUGAAUUUAUAAUUAUAAAUCAGCUGCAUACCUGAAAAUCAAGGAGAAUAAUAAUGCAAAACUAUAACCAUUCUUAUAAUGAAAUGAUAAAGAAUCUUCCAGCCACACAUCCAGUCUUGAACAGUCCAUGCACUGCACUGUAGGUAAGACUGUUUACUUCUGUAACACAGUAAACUGAAGGAGUAUCAAAUUUAAGAAGCCUUCACUAAUUCACUCAAGUAACUUCAUAGGUGAAAAACCGUCUAAUACAUAUAAGUCAUUUUUAAGAAAACAGAAUAGGGAAUAAUGAGGUGAACUCCUCUCUGCUGACCAGAUGACAUAGCAUACGUGUGACCACUUGUACUAUUUGACACUUGCAGAGGACCUCUCUGAACCAGAUUCAUGUCCUCUCUGAUUCUUGUACAGGUGACUUAACAUGGAUACCAAUAUACAUUACUUGCAGAUCUCGUGUCAACUUUUGCCCAAAAUUAUCUAUUAGAGGUCACUGUCGAGAGUUCAGAGUUUCUUGGUUAUUAUAUUAACUUUUCAUGUUCAAAACACAAAGUUCCUGCUCUUUAGAAAGUUAGCCCUCUUGAGUAAUGUCUUUUUAUAAAUCAGUUAUAAUGGUUUACUUAAAUUACCAUAGAGCUCCACAACAUAGAAAUGUAUGGUAUUUUAAGUCUUCCAACUUCUUUUUCUGAAAGUAUCUUUUUUGUAAUGCAGAGGUUACCAAGGAGCUAUUUAUAUUAUUUAUAUUUAUAUUAUGCCCUUUUUUCUAAGAAUGCUGGUCUUUCACACAUACAAUACUGUAUCUGCUCUAGGACAUGGCUCGGUUUUAGGUGGAUGACUGUUAAAAUAUAUUUGUGAAGUGUCAAAACUAUCCUUAAAGGACUAUGCCACCCAUUCUAAUUCAUGUCUCACCAUGUUCAGCAACCCAAGCAGAUACUUAAUAAUGGCUGAGGCAAUGUUUAAUGUGGUUAAGCUCACUUACUUGUCAUGAUCUGUUUUCAUGGUGCUUAUUAAAGUGCUGGUAACAGAAGACGGACAUGGUUUGUAUCAAAACUUGGAUCAGAAACCAACUUCCUCUGAAUCAACAUCUACCAGUUACAAGAACAAUAUGUUAUUAUGUAAAAAAGAUUAUAAACAAAAAUAAUGUUUUGCUUUUGGAAUUAGGUAGCCAUUAAUAGUCUUGAAACAGCCCAGAAACAUAAAUAAGAUCAACACCGUAUAAGUUUAUUCUGUUAAAAAUUUUUUAAAAAAUAAAGAACACAAUUUUCAAAUUGAAGGCACACA